GGGAACAAAGGGUAGUUCUGUACGUGCUGCUUGAUACCAGCAGACACCUUAUUAUUAGUCAUUAGAAUCAGCUGACAGCGAUGCCUUUGUUGUAAUUCCGGUUAAAAAGCGAACGCUGUAUUCUACUCGUUUCAUUAACAUUUCGAAUGGUGUAGGCACACGCGUUUCUCUUUCGUUUUGACGUGCAAUAUGAUAGUAAAAAUGAGGGUUUCAGACUGGUAUAUCGUUGCCCUGACGUCUCUUGCUGUUGAAACUGUUCUAUCAACGAAAGUGGCCAUCUCGUCGUGUCCGAUCGGCCACUAUGCUGUGCUAGACAGUGAUGGAAGUGGUCACAUCUCCCACUGUCGGGUAUGCGAUUCGUGCUCGCCAGGCUACGGGGUUUCGCAGGACUGCUCUCCCACCUCUAACACCGUCUGUCUGCCGUGCAGCAUGGGUACAUUUUCAACCACAGUGAGUGCGACAGAUAGAUGUGAGGCAUGUGCAGACUGUCGGGGACGAGUCACGGCGAAGGAAUGCAGUCCGAUAUCAGAUACCGUGUGUGGGGCAGAGUGUUCUUUAGGCGAGUACUUCGAUCCUCCAUCACUCUCCUGCAAACAAUGCUCCUACUGCUUCCCCGGGCGUCCUUUCGCCCGGACAGCCCGUGUACUCGACUGCCAGCGUCAGGGUCUAGACAUUGACUACCAGUGUUCACCGUUACCAGGAACUGAUGCGGUCGACGUCGCUCAUCCCCGGGUUGUAACCGCAGAUCGUCACCGCAGCGCUACCGCGGCAAAGAGACCUCAUGACCGCACAGUGCACACGUCUAGCAGAACGCAGCAACGUACAGAUAUGGGCGAGAGGAAGUCUUCAGGACAGCAUAGACAGAAUCGUAUGAAUGACAACGGUGAAUCCGCAGCCAAAGUAGUUCCAUCUACCAUUCCUCUUGUAUGGAGCACCCAACGCCCUCCUCUUUUCGAAGCUACAACUACAAAAUCUGUCGAUUUUAGAACUGUUUUAUCAUCAGCAAAAUCUCUGAAAGAAGCUUCUCAAAGAACAGUUCACGAAAGUAGAGACAAAGCUUCAAAGAUCAGUGAAUUCAGAGACACACUUACAGAGAAAGUGGAGUAUGGGUUAGACGCAAUAAAUAUUCCAAAAACUGGUAAACAGAGUUCGAUUAUCCCGUACUACCAUUCAAUGACGUCGACGGACAUCAUCAUCUUGGUCGUCAUCGUCAUUAUCGUCAUGCUCAUCUCAAUUGUGAUCACUGCAAUGGCGUGUUACUGUUGGAUGAGGAGAGGGAAGAGCCUCCAUGGACACAAGGUGAAAUCGGUCAGCGCGAAACCGCCCACGAAUGCGUGGACGUACCAGGACAUGAUGCCGUCGAUGACGGAGACAACGGAGAUGCGGCCCCUGGUCAAAGACACACCUCCGCCGUCGAGGAAACUCAUAACGUGUGUUUGAAGGUGGCAAACAUUUCACUUUUAACAUUUAGAUCAUGAAACAACUGGAGAACGAUUUGUUUUCCUUACACCAUUGUCUAUCUAUAAGUGACGAAUGAAGACUGAACAUACAGCCGAAUUGUGAGGGACAUAUGUCCAGAUUUGCGGUCUGUUGUGGCAAUGAGAGAUUUCCUUAAUCCGUGGAGUUAAGUGAAGAGGACUCGACUCUGAAAAAAAAUCAUCAUGUGGAUGUUUCGCUAUAAAGAUUUAAGUGUGACUUUCAUUCAUAGUUGCGCAAGGUAUAAAACACAAAAACACAUCACCGCAAUUUUCGAAUCAUGCUCAGAGGACUCGCGCUACUUGUCUUAUAGAUGAGACUGCACGCUUUGCGCGUCCGUUCUUAACAUGACUUCAAGUCAUAUUUAAAACUUAUCUCUGCGACCCCCCCCCCCCCCUCCGAUCUGUUUGCCACGUAGAUAUUUUGCUCUCGUCUCGAUAAGAGUGAGAGAAUAAUUGGGAAGAAUGCAAUGGUCCAGCCUCUUUUUCUUUAAAUAUAUAUCUAAAUUUUAUGAUGAUAAAUGUGUUAUGAUUGCUAUAUGAUUAUUAACAUCGAUUAUUAGAACCCUGUGUGUUGGCAUUAUGUAGAUAUUUGUCGGGAUUUGCAAGCAUAAUUUGUCGACACUGAUUGUAAUGUCCAUGAUCAUUUUGAGAGCGAUAUGACAAUAACAAUAAUAUAAAUAACAAUGUUAAGCGCUUAUUCUGUAAUGUUUUGCAAGGUAGCAGUUCCUAAAUUUGCAAUUUUAAGGUGAUACUGAAUUUAAAGAUAUUUAUCGUGCACAUUGGAUGUGGUAUCAAUUGUCACUGUUUGUUAUGAGGCAAUGUUGAUAUCCUAGGGAGGAGUGUUUCUUGAACAGUUUCAUUUAACAGUGCUUCUCAGCAUUGGCGGCGGAAGCCAAAAAUUUUAGGGGGGACCACCAACAGUUUUUGACAAGCAAAAAAAAGUUAUCAACCAAAAAUUUCAGGGGAGGGGGCACGCAGGAAACAAAAUUGACAAAAAAAAGGUCAUCAACCAAAAUUUCAGGGGGAUCAUCCCCCACAUCAAAUUUAGGGGGACGCGUCCCCGCCCCCGCUUCCGCCGCCUAUGCUUCUCAGCCAAUGGAAUUAGGAAAGUUGUCGGGCAAUUUUGUCAGACAAACUUGUCCGACGAAAAAUAUCGAUAAAAACGGUCCACAUGGUUAAUUUCUAUUUUACCCGUCUCAAAUGUCAGUUUAUCAGGUUGUCUUACAUUACAUGGAAAGGUAACAUUUUCCUGAUGAGGUUCUAUUACCAUUGGUUUACUUCCAUGUUCAUAGAAUUUUAUCUUAAUGUUUUUAUACAGUCCAACGUUCGUAAACUGAAGUUUAAACUAACAAAAUUACUAGUUUUGAAACAAAACAUAGACGCUCGAUCUUGGCAUGACCUUUGUCCAAUUAUUAUUUGCCGUCUCGUGUGAAACGAUUGACUUUGUUUUGUAAAUCGACGAUUGUCUUUAUCUUACUUCGUAAAUAUGGUGAUACGUGAUUGUUGUGUUGGAAUUCAAUACGUGGCAACGAGUCUCAAUCUCACAAGACAUGAACGAUGCUAAGAUGUGCCUAUCCAUUAAAGCAUGUUUGCAAGACUCGGAAUUUGCUCAAUUCAUAAUUUGUUCUUUAAAACGUUGCUUGUAAUUUCUUUCAGAAUACUAUCAUUGGGUUCACUAAGAUAUAUGUAUUUCUUAAUGCCUAUUUAGAUUUUUUUUUAAAGAUUCACUUUAUAAUACAGUUUUUUAGCUCCCACGUUGCAUAUCUUGCACAGAAGGAUUAAAUAGAUCAUAUGGACAACAAAAACUGAGAUGACCUCUUUUUUUCGCUGCUCUUUCAAUUUGAGUUUAUGUAUCCUAUCUACUUUUAACAGAAUUACUUAGCGAAACUUCUUAUCAAGCCCGGGAGCUGCAAAAAUUUCAUUUCAAGCUGCCACAUUAACCAUAGCAAAUGCCUGAAAGACUGUAGGAUUUGGUUCGUGAUUUUACCUCUGUUCUUAUCGACGGUGAAACUACCUCUAACAUGUUUAUAUAGAUAUAUUUAGACAUCGUAAUAUUAUCAGUUUUCCAGCAUGUUACAAUUAGAAGGGUGACAUGUUUAUCGUACUAAAACUAAGAACCAAAAUUAAAGAAAUUAAAACUGGAAGAAAUUAUUGCACUUAUGAAGUAUUUUUGGUUUGUUUUGAUUAAUUUCUUUUUUUUCUUCAAAUAUUAGGCAUGCGUAGAAAAUAACCCGUCAUAUUUUACCUUGAAGAAAAGGCCCUAUCUACUCACUUCCUCCGAACACAAGAAGGUUAUAUAAGGAUGCAAAGAAAAUGAAGUAUAAUCAUUGAAAGUUCCUUCUUUUCUACUUAGAAUUUGCAUGUAUUCGAUAUAUAAGGCCCCGUUAAUGGGUGAGAUUGUUAAGCAUGUAUGUUAUUUUCCAUAUCUCUUGAAUUUUAUCGAGAACGUUUUUUCACUUUUUUAUCGACUGAUUUUUACAGUUUCACUGCUUCAAAUAUGUAAAUAUGUUAAUUUAUUUUCUUCAUUGGAAUUAUAACAAUACGUCUUAAAAUUUU